AAUUACUUGGUAUUAGAAUGCAUUUGACCGUCAGGAGAGUACCUAUGUACUUAAAAUACAGUUCUACCUUACCAGUCCGAUCGACCAGGGAUUUGGACAGCAUUGUGAGGCCCCCUGUUCCGGUAUUACUCGCCGUUCGACCCCCUAGACAACGUAGCUGAAUGCUAUUGAGCCUUGUUUGAGCUUAGAGACAAGGGUAAUGAAGAAGUCCCCUUACCCCAGGCUUGACCCCUCCGCACGCGAAUAAGACUCAAUUAUGCCAUCCUUGAUUACAAGUCACAGCUCCAACUUUCCAGGGUCCCAUAUUCUUGAAUUAACAUCCCGCAGAUUGACAUUUUUGCUCUAUUGGAAUCGAGCUUGUCUUAAUCACUUAUCCCAAUGACGCAGACGGCAGUAGAUUUCAGCCCGACUUUGCAAGUCGUCACCUGGCUUUUGCUAGCUCUCCUCUCACUUGUACUGUUCUUUCGACUUUUGACGAGAUUUUUCAUCAAAUCUGACCGGUAUAUUGGGUACGAUGGCCUUUUCAUUCUGUUUGCUUUCGUGUUCGCGGUCGGAGAGUCAGUAACAGAGAUCAUACCCCCUGGCGCAAUCUAUGGACGCGAUAUUGGCUCGAUUUCACCGACACAACUUCAGAGCGGCAUCAAGGACGGCUAUGCGCGGGACAUCUUAUUCUUGCUCUCAUUGGGGUUUGCCAAGCUUUCUGUAACGUCCGGCUUGAUGAUUCUCUCUCCAAGACGACCAACCCAGCUUGUCAUCAAGACCACAACACUUACAAUAGCCGUGUGGACUGUAUCUUCGGUCCUCAUUGCUGCUCUACAGUGUGGAGCCCAGGGGCCAUGGGCUUCUAAGGCUAAGCAGUGCAUCGAUAUAGUCGCAUUUUGGGAGUCCGUAUCUAUCAUCAGCCUACUUCUCGAUAUCACUCUCGUGGCAAUACCCGCUUUUAUCGUAUUUCCGCUGCACAUGUCACUUAAGAUGCGCCUAGUGGUUAUCUGCUUUUAUUCUGCCCGGCUUCUGUGUAUCGUGCCGACUAUCUUCCAGCUCAUAUACACUCCUCGGCUGGCGGACGACAACUUCAUUUGGAGUGGAUUUGCCUUCUACCUGUCUAUGCAGCUUGUGCAGUUUACUAACAUCUCUACGGCGUGCAUCAUUUACUUUUGGCCAUUCCUGCGGUCUUUACAGACCGGCUUGAUCUUUCACAAUAAGGAUGGCCUUAAGCUACAGUAUAGCCUGACCAAGAUGCGUAAGUUGGGCUCAAAGGACAGUGGGAAUUCUGCGUUGGCGCUGAAUCAAGCAGCACGUGACAGAAAUGAUUAUGUCGAGAUCACGACUGAAAUAUCCGCUGCCUAGAAAAGAGAUUAU